AUGAGCGAUCUCAGGUUUACGAAAGAAGGAGUGCCGAUCUUCGAUGGCACAUCAGAGCACUACAUUCCGUACCGGCGUGCAGCUCUUAACUAUGUGGAGACGCUGGAGUGGAAGAAACGUAGUUUGGCAGGCCCGAGACUUCAGGCCGCCCUGGAGGGUACUGCAAGGGUUGCGGUCCAAGACCAGGUGCCAGGCUGGAUCAGCCAUGAAAUGGGGGCUCAGCAACUCCUUGACUACCUCAAGACCAAGGUGACUCCUCCGACUUUGGCAGAAGCCGGAAAGAUGAUCACUCGUUUCUUUUACUCCAUCAAGCGUCGGCGAGGGGAAUCAAUGAACCAUUGGAUCCUCCGCCACGACGAGGCUCUCUUCGAAGCCCGUCGGACCUUGGCUGAAGCCAUCCAGGAAUAUGGAGCCCUCGGGACAUCGACAAGAACCCGAUCGAGCUCUACGAAAAGCCAAUGUGGAGCAGAAGGCGAUCCAGGUGCUGAAUCUCAACAAAGUUCUCCACCUGGAGAUGGCGAUGGUCCAUUCAACUCCAAAGGUCUGCUUUGUGAGGAUGACGAUGUGGAACUUGGAGAAUCAGCCUCAGCUGCUCACGACUCUUGGCAAGGAUAUCACAGAGACCAGGGCUGGUGGUGGUCAGACUAUCAUGGGAGCUGGGACUCAUGGUCCUGGAGAGGAUGGCAUCAACCAAAGCCACCCCAGCCUACGAGCUCGACGCAGGGCAAGUAUGAUGUAUCAGUGACUGCCUCGGUGGAAGCUGACAAAUUCCUUCCAGACUUUGUGGUGGCAUGGAUGCUCCUCCAACGAUCUGGGUUGGACGGCACUGAGCGAGGAACCAUCAUCGCCAACUUGAAGAACCAGUUCACCACGACCCGAGUCAAGGAUGCACUUCGACUUGCCUGGCCAGAAGAAGAUCUGAAGAAGCGAGAUAUGGCUCGCGGCGCCGCUCUCAUGGUGGAGGAUGAGGAUGACGAAGCCCUAAUGAAUGACAUGGACACGGACCCACCGAAUGACAUGACCCAGGAGGAAGAGUAUGAGUACGGCUAUCUCGUCAAAGAUGCUGAAGAGGCCUACCAGACCUUCCAAGUGGCUCGAAGGACUCUUCGAGAGGCCAGAGAGAAACAAUCUCUCUUCAAGAAGAGCCGCCAGUUUUUCCCCAUGAAGAGGAACUUCGGCAAUGAUCGAUCCAAAGGAGACUCAAAGGGGUCCAUCAAGAAGUGUUUUCGAUGCAAUGGCGAUCAUCCAACAUCAGAAUGUCCUGACAAGCAUGCUCCUGAUCGAGGAUCACAAUCAGCUCAUUUAGCCUUCUCAGCCUAUGGCACCAGUGAGCCCAGAGCUACGGAUGUCUCACUUCAUGCAAUGAAGAAUACGGAAGAUCAAGCUGCCUUGUCCUUGCAGCAGAUCUUGCGAGAAGGGAAGGCCAUCAUUGACGGCGGAGCCACUUCCUCGGUGGCUUCUGUGGAGGCCAUGGAACAAAUCAUGAGGCUCAAUCAAGAUCAAGAUCCAUCUCGAGAUAUCGCAGUGGAAAGAACCGAAAGACCACAUUUCCGCUUUGGGAACAAUGGUCGAACUCAAUGCCUGAGUACCGCUAAGGUUCCAGUGCCCCUUGGCAACACUCUGGGUGAGAUGCGAGUUCAUGUUCACGAGAUUGAAGGCCAACCUGUUCUGAUGAGUGUGGCUGCUCUGAGGGCUUUAGGAGCCGUCAUUGAUUUUGAGAAAGAUGAAGCCAUCUUUCGAAACGUAGAUGCAUCAGUGGUAGUGCCGUUGGAGAGAGUGGUUCAAGUGACAACAGCCAUGCCGUACCUCUCCAAGGCCGUCCUUACCGAGAGGCUGCUGACCUAUGGCGAGACCGUGCCAGAAGGGUGGACUCGACUACAGAUGGAGGGCCGUCUGUGGGAACUCCACCAGUCCGAGGAGCCCUCUGUGCGCACCAUCCGCCAGAAACAGCUCAAGGAGCUGCGCAAAGCCUGCAAGAACAAAGGAGAGAUCAAGACCUACCUGGAGCUUCACUACAACGUGGAGUUGACCGGGAACGAAACCUUGAAGUCAAUGCAGGCCAGGGCCUACGAAGAACUCAUGAAAGCUUCUCCUGCGCUCAGGGAGGACAAGAUGGAGUUCGGCAAGCACAGUGCCAUGGAGUACCAAGAGGUGAUCCUGAACGAUCCCAACUACACGGACUGGUGCAUCACCACCAUGAUGGAGACCGGUGGCCUGAAGGGCACAGCAAACUGGCGCCUGAAGCGCUAUGCCAGCUGGGCUCAGGAAGUCCGCAAGGACCCUCGGGGCCUUGCCAAGCUUCGCAACAAGAGUGCUCCAAAGAACCACACCAACAUCGAGAAGGAGGAGGAGAUGUUCUCCGAGUCAGAGACCGAGAAUCGCAUCCAAGCCUUGGAGGAUCAAAUCCGCGACUUGCGCCGUCAGGGCAAGAAGGGCAAGACCAACUCCGAGGUAUCUGAAAGACGCAUGACACCAGAAGAACACGCUGCUUUCAAGGAGGCAAAAGGAAUCGAGGUGAAGAACUUCAUCUUGGCCAAGGCCUUCGAGAAACUGCCAGAGUCUUUCAAACCGGAGCAUUCCUGCCAGGAAGAGAAUUUCAAAGACAAGUUCUAUGUGCUCCUCUACCAGAAAUCUGUGAAGCUCUACAGCUGGAACCUGGAAGCGUGA